AUGAAUGCUCUCUCACUUAAACAAGCUAUGAAAAAUUUAUUCUCCAGACUUGGAUUGAGUAUUUCCAGAUUGCGGGGUCAAGGAUAUGAUGGGGCUAGUAAUAUGCAAGGUGAGUUCAGUGGUCUUAAAACACUUAUACUGAAAAAGAAUCCUUGUGCAUAUUAUGUUCAUUGUUUGGCUCAUCAAUUGCAAUUGGCACUUGUAGUUGUGACAAAGAAUCAUAAUCAAAUUGCUUUACUUUUCACUUUGGUUUCUAAUGUGGUGAGUGUUGUUGGAGCAUCAUGUAAACGCCGAGAUAUUGUUAAGGAGAAGCAAGCUGCAAAAGUUGCUGAGGCACUUAAUAAUAGAGAGCUAUCUAGUGGACAAGGCUUAAAUCAAGAAACUAAAGUUAAACAUGCUGGUGAUACACGUUGGGGUUCACACUAUGGUACUUUAGUCAGCUUGGCUAGUAUGUUUUCAACAGUGAUUAAUGUGCUUGAAAUGAUUUCAGAGGAUGGUUCAAAUUCAGAACAACGAGCAGAAGCAAAUGUAUUGUUGGACUCAAUUCAAUCAUUUGAGUUUGUAUUCAACCUUCAUUUGAUGAAAACGAUAUUGGCUAUUACAAUGGAGCUCAUGGUACUUAAUGAUCAACUUGAUACAUAUAUUAUCGCUAUGCUAUCCAAUAGUGAGUUCUCAAUAGUGAAUGGAAUUGCUGAUUUUGCUAAGAAAAUGGUAGAGACUGGAAGAGACAAAGUAUAUCCAUUGGUGUAUUUACUCUUGACUUUAGCAUUAAUCUUACCUGUUGCAACUGCUACUGUUGAUAGGGUAUUUUCAGCUAUGAAUAUUGUGAAGAAUCGGUUGCGGAACCGAAUAGGUGAUGAAUGGAUGAAUGAUAGCUUGAUUGUCUACAUUGAGAGAGAUAUUUUUGAUGGCAUUGACAAUGAUACUAUUAUGGAAAGAUUUCAACAGAAGAAAACUCGUUGGGGUCAAUUGUAA